AUGGAAAAUCUUUUAACACAUAUACAAAAACAAUUGAAUGAUGAUUCAUCUGAUAAUAUUGAUUCGGUAUCAUCACCAGUAUCGAGCUCAAAUACUGGACAUGAAUUUCGUCAAAUUCAAUUACCUCAAACAAGAAUGGGUAUAGGAUCAACAGAAGGUGAUUUAAUUGUUAUGAUGAAACAAUACCUGGAAAUUGUUGGCCUUGUCUUUUUUGUUUGGUUACUUGGAUAUUUUCAUUUCAGUGUCUCAUGGAUUUUAUUAGCUGUAUUUAUAUAUUUAUUUCGAAAACGUCAACGCAGUCAGUCUAAACUACGCCAUAAAAUGUUAAAUCAAAUAAACAAUAAUGAAGAAAAAUAUAUUAAAGCAAGUCUAGAUGAAUUGCCAUCAUGGGUUUUUUUUCCUGAUGUUGAACGAGCAGAAUGGAUGAAUCGAAUAAUAAAACAAGCAUGGCCAUAUGCAAAUAGAUAUCUUGAUCAAGCUGUUUUUCGUGAUGUACUUAUUCCAUUAAUACGUGGAACAUCAUCAGCAUUAUCAGAUUUUUCAUUUCAAAAACUUGAUCUUGGAGAAAUCCCACCUAGAAUUGGAGGUAUUAAAGUUUAUACAGAUAAUGUUCGUGAUCAAAUUAUGAUGGACGUUGAAGUUUUUUAUGCUGGUGAUGCAUGUAUUAAAGCAAAAUUAAAAGGAAUUGUAUGUGGAAUUAGAGAUAUACAAUUUGUUGGUGAUAUUCGAAUUAUUUUAAGUCCUCUAAUUAAUACAAUACCAUUAGUUGGUGCAGUAACAUAUUUUUUUCUUAAAAGACCUAGUAUUGAUUUUAAAUUAACUGAUGCUGGGACAUUAGUUGAUAUACCUGGUCUUAAUGAUAUAAUGCUUGUUCAAAUAAAUGAUAUUUUAGCAUCAAUGAUGGUUUUACCUAAUAGACAAGUUCUUCCACUUGUUAACGAUAUACAAAUAGGAUAUUUAAGAUGGUCUAAUCCUCAGGGUGUUGUACGAGCAUUUAUUUUGAGAGCACAAAAUUUAAUUAAAGCAGAUAUUACACUUCUUGGAAAAGGAAAAAGUGAUCCAUUUGUUAAAGUUAAGGUACCAGGUAGUAUUGAGUAUAAGACAAAAACAAUUAAUAAUACAACGGAUCCGGAAUGGAAUGAAGUAUUUGAAUUUGUUGUUGAACAAUAUGAAAGUGAUUCAAUUGAAUUUGAAGUAUAUGAUGAAGAUCCUGGUAAAGAUGAUUUUAUCGGAAGAGCUCAAUUUCGUCUUAAUGCAUUAGUUGACAAUGAUGCUGUUGAUACUUGGUUAACCUUACAAGAUGUGAAAAAAGGUUCAUUAAAUGUUAGUUUACAAUAUUUUUCAUUAACAAAAGAAAAAGCCGCUCUUGAAAUUAUGGAAAGAAAAAAUAGUCAAUUGAUAAAACGAGAAAAAUUAUCAAAAGCUUUACUGGUUUGUUAUAUUGAUCGGUGUAAUAAUCUUCCUCGAUCAAAAAAAACUCGUCGAGAACCAAACCCAUUUUGUCGAAUUAAAGUUGAAGGGACUGAAAGGAAAACUCAAGCAUUUGAAAGUCAAACAAAUCCACAAUUUGAACAUGUAUCACAAAUUUUAUGUGCAAAUCCACUUCAUGAAAAAUUAAAAAUUGAUAUAUGUGAUGGACGAAAUAAUAAUGACAUAAUUGCAUACUUUGAAAUAUCCAUUAAACAAAUCUAUGAUACUGAUACAAUGACUAUUGAUACACAAUCAUAUCCACUUAGAAGUUUAUCUGAACCGUUAGAUAAAGCAGAAAUUAUUCUUCGUUUAUCACUGUUUAUUUUGUCUCCUGGACGUUCAGGUGAAAGUCGCUUAAGUCCAUCACCAAAAUUACCAUCAUCUCCAAGUAUGAAAUCAUUUGAUAUGUUAUCAACAUCAGGAACAACUACAACAACAGAUACUAAACGUAAUAAUAUGCAAGCAUCACCACUUCAAACAUCAUUGGAAGAAGAUAAUGCAUCGAAAUCAAUUGCAUUUGGUCUUCAAAUGCAUUCGACACCAAUUAGCCACCAUUCUUUAUUGGAAAGUCGUAUAACACCUGACAAAAAAACUUUUAUUGUAUCUGAUGAUCCUGAUUUAAAAUCAAUACAUUUUGGUAAAAUAAAACUUGGUAUUCGUUAUACUCAUCAGCGUACAGCUUUAUCCGUAACAAUAUAUGCAUGCAAAGGACUUAUAAAUGUUCAUCAACAGAAUUUACCUGAUCCAUAUAUACGUCUUUCUUUAAUACCAGAUUUUAAAAAAGAUAAAAAGAAAACAAAACCUAUUCAUGAUACACUUAAUCCAAAUUAUGAUGAUUUAUUUGAAUGGUCAGCAUCAUUAGUUGAUGUACGUCGACAACGUCUUUCUAUAAGUGUUAAAAAUAAUUCACCAUUGUUUGCACAAGAACAAACAUAUAUGGGUGAUCUUCAAAUUGAUUUAUCAAAUCUUGAUCCAGAAAAAACAAGUAUUGCUUGGUAUGCAUUACAAGAACCAAAUACAAGUGGUGGUGGAAUUAUAAAAAUAAAAUAUGAUACAUUAGAAUCAAAUGAAUAA